AUGUCAAUUAAAGAAAUGGACACAGAUGGGAAAAUGGCGUCAGCAAUGGAUGUGGAUGACGAAGAAAUUGAAUUGCCUACUUCUAGUAGCGGCAAAGGAGAAAAAAAGCGAUUCGAAGUUAAAAAGUGGAAUGCUGUGGCUUUGUGGGCUUGGGAUAUCGUCGUGGACAAUUGCGCUAUCUGUCGAAAUCACAUAAUGGAUUUGUGCAUUGAAUGUCAGGCAAAUCAAGCUUCUGCAUCAAGUGAAGAAUGCACCGUUGCCUGGGGGGUUUGUAAUCACGCAUUCCAUUUCCACUGUAUCUCACGUUGGCUCAAGACCAGGCAGGUGUGCCCUUUGGAUAACCGCGAGUGGGAAUUCCAAAAAAACUAUAAUAGAUAUGGGGUCGAAGUGUUUGGUUUUUGCUUGGUUUAUUCAAAAGCAAUGUCUGCUCUGCUUGCAAUGCUGUGCCUUUUGGCUAUUCAGCCUUGUUGUUUAUUGUGUGCUAUUCAUUCAUUGCUGUACCCUCCUGUUGCUGUAUACCGUGAUGGGGUAUGGCCAUUAAAUCAAAAAGCAAUAUGCUCAUCUUCUGGGAUGUCUGGCCCAAUCUGCAAAAAUGAGAAAAAUGAAAGCAACAUGACUAACAGUGCUUGGAUAACUGCCCCAGAUAAGGCUGGAGGAGAUGCAGAAGUAUUGGAAUUGUUGAAAAUGUAUAGCCCUAGUUAUUUUCCUCGCCAGCGUUGGAAUGUACCCAAAGAACAAGAAAGAAACUUUCUAGCAGCCUUUUUUCAUAUGGCAACUAUUGCCUUGACAUGUACAUCUUUGGCUCAGUUAGGGUGGUUUCGAUUGCGAGGUGGUCAUUGUGCUCCUCAUCUGGCUGUGUAUCAGUUUUUCAGUUAUGGCUAUUUUGAUACAAAUCCUGUUGAAAAUGAUAUGUUGAUAACAUCAGAAAAGGAAGUUGACACUUCAACAGGAUCAUAUUUUUUGCCUGAAACUUUACAGUGUGUCACACCUGAGAUAGCCACAUUGAUGCGAAUAAUAAUUUUAUUAUGUUUUAUGGCAAUGAUCUCGUCUCUUGUUGGAUUCUUCUUGGAUAUUGUAGGGCCCACAAAAAAAGUUUUGAAAGUUGUGAGAAGAAAUGCUGUUCCCAGCAUAAUAACAGUUAUAUUAGUGGUAAUCAUUAUUGGUGUAUGCUACUACAUUACAUUAUUACUAGAGAAUGUGGGUAUGCAAGAAUACAAAGUGCAAGUUUCUUAUGAGUACGGGUGCUACACCAUCACUGCAGCAGGUGCUGUAGCAGUCUUUGCCACAGCGUGCAAUCUCUUUCAGAAUCCUACAAUGUCAGAAGAUGUCCAGAGAAGACGUCUUAUUGAUGAUUGGGAUGGCCUCGAAACAUUUUAUGUUGGGGAGCAUGGAAGAGAUACUCCCUUAGAAAGCAUUCCCCCACCUCCACCAUACACUCCUUAGGGUCUUUUGUAAUCAUAGAAACUAGAGUCACAUCUAGUAUUCUCUAUCCUGUGAUACUCACAUUUUAAGCUUAAAUCAUUGUUUGUGUGAUUUGUAAAUAUGCAAGCAUAUAUGUAAAUUUUGUAAGUAAAAGUUUGAUAUAUAUACAUAUAUUUUUGUUAGUCCAUCAGUGUUACGUAAAAAUGUCACUUUCCAGUUACGCACAACUGCUGUUAGUGGACAGUUAUGUUUUAUAUGGCAUAGAGGAGCUUUAAAAAUGAAUUGCACUACACUAAGGCAGUUUUAAUGAUGAUAGAUCUGAUUUUACUUCAUGAUUAAUUGACGUUAAAUGUCAACUGUGUACAUGUGUAUUAAAUGUAAGAAUUAUUUUAUUGCAGCAUUAUCUUUGUUACAGUGUGUUAUUGUAAAGAAUUUUAUUGUAAUUGUUAUCGCUCUUUUUCUGCAGUCUCGUGAGUUUGAAACAUUUAUGUUGAGUUAAUGUCGAUUGUUCAAUUUAGUUGUCCUUGUUAUGAAAAGAAUGUGAACCGAUUGGUGUUGCCUCAAUUGUGUCUUGGAUAUGUGCACUUCUACAGUGUAUUUGAUCAGUAGACAAGAUGAAUUAAAUUGUUUCCAAGAGAAUAAAAUUGUUAUUUUUAUCUAACUUGCUGCUAAUAAAUCCAAAUUGAAAGUAGAUCUAAAAAUGUAGUUGUAGGUGAAAAUUAUUACCUGGUUAUGUUUUGGAAUUAGUUUCUACAUUAAAAGUUAAUUUUUACACAAUAAUUAAUUUCAAUAAAACUGAAGUAGAAACAAGUUUUAAAAAUUUUUGAAAAGUUAAACCAAUGAAUUUACUUAAUUUUUCAAUUUGUGAAUGUUUUUUCUGAACAAUCUUGUCAGGUCUUUGCUGAUAUGUGACAGAUGUGAAGUUAUUAAUGAAUAUAGUUUCAUGUGAACAUACUAAUUAAAUGAGAAUUGUUAUGAUAUUAGUUUCAUUAUUAUGUUUAAUCAAAUGUGUAAUUUGAGACAAAAUAAUUAGAGUGCAAUUUUGUUUUAUUUGAUAUUUAUUGCUAUUACAAUUUUCUUUUGGAUUUAUUUAGCAUUAGCACUAUUAUUUUGCACAUUUGUUCUAAUUGUUGGUAUCAUUUUUAGGGGGGGAACAGAGAUGAGGUUUAUUUGUUUUAGAUGCUGGUUUGGUAACAUCGCGUGUCGUAUUACGUGCGUCAUUUUUCUUAAAAUAUAGCCAACUAACGGCUUGACAAAACCACACGUUUUUUGCCAACUCGUUGAUCCCACGGUUAAAAGGCAUAAAUUUGAACCUGUAGGAAUACUCUGUCUUUGAUGUAAAUAUUACUGGUCCUAUGCUUCAUUACUACAUUUAAAUAUUGUAACGGGAAAAAAACAACUAUAACUACGACUUACUGGCAUUGUAAUGGAAAUAAAUAUUAACCCACAUGUAAUACUAUGAAAAUAGCUGUUGUAAGUAGCAUGGUCAAUUAGAUUCCACAAUACAAAAAGCACCAUUCAGGAAACAAUUUGAUGGAACGCACAUGGAUAAAUUUUUUCAUUAAUGCAUUGUAGUAGAAAAGUAGUAGAAAAGAACGCUAGUACAUUUUUUCCCUCUGAAACUUGGGAAGUUCCAUUACAAAAAUAAAAGGUAGUUAAGAAAAUGAAAAACUAACUACAGUUGUAACUUCUUUAUUUUCUGUCUUGGGAUUCAACUUUUUCUCCUGGAACUUAUUUCAAAUACUUUUGGUGUGGUCAUAGAAAAUAAUUCACAAAACUAUGUCCCAUUAUUAUUGGAAAGGUUUGAGGAAGAAGAUUGAUUCUGAACAUUAUUUGUAAAGAAGAGUAGAGCAAUGUAAAUUGAUCGUGACUUAAGAGUAAAUUGACUAUGACAUGCGAUCGUUACUUCUGGGAGACUGCUAAAAGACUGAAAGUUAACCAAAAAGACACAUAAUUUGGUGAUUAUCAGUCUAUUUUGGAACUAAUAUUACUGCUUGACUUAGUUUCAUUUUAAUAAGUUGACAAAAGGCGAACGAAAUACGCAAGAACACCUGAGAAAGCUGUGAAACAAUGAAACAGUGAAACUCGGAAACAAAAUGUUUCAGAGUUUGCUGCUACAACUUCUGAAAUGUAUUGGUAAAUUUUGUGCGAUUGUAGGAAAAAGUCAGCUAGAAAUAGCGUAUCUUCACUUCUAGCAUAAAAAUUAAAAUAUGAUUAUAGACAAGCUUAUGCCAAACUUACACAUCAAUUUUUCGAGAGGGGGGAAAAAAAACCCUGUAUAAAAACUUGUCAGUAAUACAACCAAAAUGUUAAUUUAAAAUGCCCUUUUCCAUUUUAAAUUAUGUCUUGGUUAAAUUAUUGACAGUUUUCAUACAUCUCAAACAACGCUUCCAUGUGUGAGAAAUGUUUUAAGGAAGCUAUUGGGAUGAGUGCUGUAAUAAAUACAAAGUGUACUCAAAAUAGAAAUGAGUUCCUUCUACAGCCAAAAUGAAGUUUCAUUUAGCAUCUAAAUUACCAUUCACAGUAGAUUAUUGCUGUAGGAAAAAAUGUACAUGUAUGUCAGCAGCAAUUAUGAUUUUUACAUAACAUGCACUAUUAGCAUGUUGCAUUUGCUGAUCAAAAAAUAUAUUAAUUUCAAUUUUGUUGAAAGUUUGAGUAAAUAAAGAGGUUUUAAGUUCAUAG